AUGCUGCGGCUGAGUGUGCGUUUAAUGAACGACAUGGGCACCCCUGCCACUAAUCUUUUAUCAAUGCGUCGUGCCCCGUCGUUUCUACAUCCCCCAGCUGAAAGUGUUAUCGGUAAGAACCUUAAGGACAUCCCUGAGAACUGGGUUACCGCGUACGUUACACCAGAGGUAAUCACGAGGGAAGAGGAGCAAGCUCUCCUGAGAUUGGCGGAUCCGUGGUUUGCACGGUUGGAAUACAACGAUGCACAUGCCGAUGGGCUCAUCCACCAUUACAUGGAGUUUUAUCGGUCCUACAACAAUUUGACCCAACAACUGCGUAGUGGAUUUACUUCUUCUACAGUGCUGUCUACCUCAGGUCAAACGGAGGAGCACGUUGGCAGCGAAAAUUGCACAAAACCAAACUUAGACACAAAGGAUAAGCAACUUGUCUGUGGGGCGCUUGAGCGGGUUCGUGGGCUUGCAGAACACUAUUUGUCUCAUAUUCCGAUUGACGACCGAGUUCAUUUUCUUCGAUUGAAGGGAAGUGGAUUCAUUCGUGCACAUGUUGAUGAAAGCCGGAAUUCGAGUGGGAUUGUUGCUGGUCUGUGCCUCAAUGCCGGGCGUGUGAUGACGCUAACACACCCAAAGCAUCCUGGUGAGGUUGUGGAGCUGCUGUUGGCGCCACGGUGCCUCUACACUUUAAUAGGCCGAGCUCGCUACAAUUGGGAGCACAGUGUCGAUUGGGCACAGGAUGACGAAGAGCACAUUAAACGUAUUAAAAAGAGCUUGGUAGUUGAGGGAACCUCAAUUUAUUUCGAUGGAAAGGAUACUGGCUUGACGCGACACACACGCACGGCCAUCAUAUUCCGAGGCGUCUCACCAAUGCAACUUUUUGCUUCGCGCAUGCGACUGGAACCGUGUUAA